GAAACACACUGGAGAAACCACUUACUGAUGCUGUGGUACCCAGUAACCUUAUAGAGACUGAUCUGAGGCGACAUUUGUAAUGUUAACAACAAGGAAACUUCUUGGGCGUCCACGGUCAUAUUUGAUCCAGGAAACCAAGAGCUCUUUCUGAUGACUCUUUAACAUCUUUACAGAGGAAAGAAAAUUCAAGAGAAGUUUGCCACUUGUUAGAUCAUCCAAGAGACCUCUGAGAGGCCCUGCCUGUCGCCAUGCUGCCGGCCCAGGAGGCAGCCAAAAUCUACCACACCAACUACGUGCGUAACGCGCGCGCCGUGGGCGUCCUGUGGACGGUUUUCACCAUCACCUUCGCCGUCAUCACCGUGGUGGUGUUCAUCCAGCCCUACUGGAUCGGAGACAGCGUCAACACGCCGCAGGCCGGAUACUUUGGCCUCUUCCACUACUGCAUUGGGAACGCGCUCACCUCGGAGCUCACCUGCAAAGGGAGCGCACUGGACUUCGGCUCCAUCCCAUCCGGAGCCUUCAAGACGGCCAUGUUCUUCGUGGGGAUCUCCAUGCUGCUGGUGGUGGGCAGCAUCGUCUGCUUCAGCCUCUUCUUCUUCUGCAACGCCGGGAGCGUCUACAAGAUCUGCGCCUGGAUGCAGCUGGCCUCCAGCACAUGCAUGGUGAUUGGCUGUAUGAUCUAUCCCGACGGCUGGGACUCGGACGAGGUGAAGCGCAUGUGUGGCCAGCGGACCGACAAAUACACCCUGGGCAACUGCACGGUGCGUUGGGCCUACAUCCUGGCCAUCAUCAGCAUCAUGGACUCGCUCAUCCUCUCCUUCCUCGCAUUCAGCCUGGGCAGCCGACAGGACAAGCUGCUGCCGGAGGACUUUCAGGUGGAGGAGAAAGAUAACGCCUGAGCCUCCUGUGGACAACAGAGGGAAGAGAUGGAUGAGGCUUUAUGAGGAACACUACUGACUCGAGGGGUUCCGAUGUAUUUGAAAGCUUUAGGACUGUUAAUCGACUUUUCCUGCAGGUAUUUUAUUAUUAAAAAUGACCAGAGAAGCUCCUUGUUACCCUGGAGAGAGAAUUGUCAUAAAAGCUGAGCAAACUGCCCUGUGUGAUGUUAGAUAUGUAAUAUGUAUUUCAGUACUCAUUUUAUAAUGCUGUAUUUUAUCAUGUAAUAUGCAAACGAAUAACCGUGAUGCAUGUAAGGAGCCUUUGGAGUGAUUCCAGUGUGACAUCCUGAUAAAUAAUGUCCCAACAUUUCUCAAUAUAAUCCUGAAUCAUAGCUCUGUUAGCUCUCAGUGAAAAUACAAUCUGAUACCACUCUGCAGUAUCUCCCCUCUAGAUGUCCUGAUGAUGCAUUAGAUUAAUGAUGAUGUGUUUAAUACAGAGUCUUUGAGGAUUGCGCACUGCAGUGGCACAUUUAUGAGGCAAUACACAAUCCAGUUCGGUUUUGAAAAAUGUUUAUUUUUAUUACCUACAGAAAAAAAAUGAACAAUCAAAUGAAGAGUGGAGACAUGAACAGAGAGAGAGGAGACUUUGUAGAAAAACAAAAUGGUUUUGAGGGGGUUCAAAGCAUUAUUACAGCAUCUGCUUUUUAGUACAAUCUAUUAUUUUCAAAUCCAACACCUCCAUGUGCAGUGGGAACUCUUGAAACAAAGCUUUAGUUUAAUUACCACCAACAUUCUUCGAGGCAUUUCUAAAACGUAUUAAAAAAAACAAAACAGCUCAAACCUCUCAGCUUGUGCCUUCACUUUACAUU